CUUCUGCAAUUAGUUCUGGGUUAAAAUCCCUGCUCUCUCUCUACCCAUUGGCUGUUUCAUCCUGGCAAGUUGUUAUCUGAACCUCCGUUUCCUUCGCUGUGGAAGAGGGAUAAAAAUACUGUCUGCCUCUGCAGUCUUCCUGGAAUCAAAACUAUGAUGACAAUUGAAGGAACUUUGAAAGAUGUCUGAAGUUUAGUGGCUACAUCUGCCUUCUGUCUUCUCACCCCUAAAACGGAAUAAGGAAUAAAUGGGAUGUUUCAGAACAGAGCUACAUAAAAAGAGCUUUGCAAAUGGCUUCAGAAUCUACCAAUGGGAAACCAGCUAGGAGUCACGUGACAAAGGGGAGGCGCCAGCACCAGCCAGCGAGGAGCAGGUCCUCUGUCAGCGAGUGCGAUGGCGACUCCUUCACCUUUGAAGCCAACGAGGCGUGGAAAGACUUCCAUAGCUCUCUCCUCCGGUUCUACGAGAACGGAGAGCUCUGUGAUGUCACUUUAAAGGUUGGCUCGAAGCUGAUCUCCUGUCACAAACUGGUGCUGGCUUGCGUCAUUCCCUACUUCAGAGCCAUGUUCCUUUCCGAAAUGGCUGAAGCCAAGCAGGCGCUGAUCGAGAUUCGGGACUUUGACGGCGAUGCGGUGGAAGACCUGGUGAAGUUCGUGUACUCCUCCCGGCUCACUCUGACAGUGGACAAUGUCCAGCCCCUCCUGUAUGCGGCUUGCAUCCUGCAGGUUGAACUGGUGGCCAGGGCUUGCUGCGAAUACAUGAAGCUGCAUUUUCACCCGUCCAACUGCCUGGCAGUACGAGCCUUUGCCGAGAGCCACAACCGGAUCGACCUCAUGGACAUGGCGGACCAGUACGCCUGCGAGCACUUCACGGAAGUGGUGGGAUGCGAAGACUUCGUGAGCGUGUCACCCCAGCACCUCCACAAGCUGCUGUCCUCCAGCGAUCUCAACAUCGACAGCGAAAAGCAGGUCUACAGUGCGGCCAUCAAGUGGCUCCUAGCCAAUCCCCAGCACCAUUCCAAGUGGCUGGACGAGACCCUCGCACAGGUCCGUCUGCCGUUGCUGCCGGUUGAUUUUCUUAUGGGUGUGGUGGCAAAAGAACAGAUUGUCAAGCAGAACCUAAAGUGUAGAGAUCUGCUGGAUGAAGCUAGAAACUACCACCUUCAUUUGAGCAGCAAACCCGUCCCUGACUUUGAGUACACAGUCCGCACUACCCCAAGGAAACAUACGGCCGGUGUUCUGUUCUGUGUGGGUGGCCGAGGUGGCUCUGGUGACCCCUUCCGUAGUAUUGAAUGCUAUUCUAUCAGCAAGAACAGCUGGUUCUUUGGACCAGAAAUGAAUAGCCGGAGGCGACACGUGGGUGUGAUCUCUGUGGAAGGUAAAGUGUAUGCAGUGGGUGGCCAUGAUGGGAAUGAACACUUAGGUAGCAUGGAGAUGUUUGAUCCUCUCACUAAUAAAUGGAUGAUGAAGGCAUCAAUGAAUACCAAGAGGCGAGGAAUUGCUUUGGCCUCCUUGGGGGGCCCGAUAUAUGCAAUUGGAGGGUUAGAUGACAAUACCUGCUUCAGUGACGUGGAGAGAUACGACAUCGAGUCUGACCAGUGGAGCGCAGUGGCACCAAUGAACACUCCCCGCGGAGGCGUUGGCUCUGUGGCUUUAGUAAACCAUGUUUAUGCAGUGGGCGGCAAUGACGGAGUGGCCUCCUUGUCCAGUGUGGAAAGGUAUCACCCUCACCUGGAUAAGUGGAUAGAAGUCAAAGAGAUGGGCCAGCGGAGAGCCGGCAAUGGCGUCAGUGAACUCCACGGUUGUUUAUAUGUUGUUGGUGGUUUUGAUGAUAAUUCGCCCUUGAGUUCAGUUGAGCGGUAUGACCCUCGAAGCAACAAGUGGGAUUACGUGGCGGCACUUACAACUCCCAGGGGUGGAGUAGGGAUCGCCACGGUGAUGGGCAAAAUCUUCGCCGUUGGUGGCCACAAUGGCAAUGCGUACCUCAACACAGUGGAAGCCUUCGAUCCCGUUCUGAAUAAGUGGGAGCUGGUUGGACCUGUGUCUCACUGCAGAGCUGGUGCCGGUGUAGCCGUGUGUGACUGCUUAACUAGCCAGAUCCGAGACGUCGGCCAUGGGUCCACUAAUGUGGUUGACUGUAUGUGACUUAGGGCCCAGCGGCAGCAGCAAUGCAAUCACAGCGGAGGAACGGGACGACAGAGCCAGCAUUUUCUGUGCCCCCUUUGACUGCAGCUACUCUCCUGUUGAAUGCCAGCUGUUGUGUUGUGAGUACGCUCACCUUGUGGCCCUAGCACUGGAGAACUGUACGUCACCAGGUUAAGUGUGGUAUUUCCUGCUCUAGCAAAUAGCAAAGGAGGCAGGAAGCAGUCUAUCUCUGAACCCGUACUUGUUCUGAGAAGUGUUUCAUGUAGUGCCAAACCUUAAAAUAGCUCUUUAUUUUGAUGAAUAAAAUGUAAUUUAUUGAGUUGUAUCUGUUCUUUCUCCUGAAGAUACUAACUGCAAGCAGUAGAUUUUUUGCAGAGGAGAGUUAAGUCUGCUCACAAACAUGAGGACUUGAGGCCUGCUCCCUUGAGGGUCAUUCUACAUGGUGCUGAUGAAUUUAUGUUUUGCUUUUUGUCUGUAGGUGGUGACGUUCAGUUCUUGGGUAUUUACAAAGUAGGGAAAUGUGUGUUUCUGAGGCACUCUUGAAACCGUCCUAGUGUCUGUAAGAAGCCCUUUGUUUCUGUUUGGAGUUUUAGAACUACAGGCGCCCAUGCUGGCUCCUCACCCACCAAGAGCACUGCUCACGGUUAGGGCUAUUGUGGUUAUUUUUCCCAUCUCAUGCAAAAUGUGUAACUGGGAAUGUCUUAGUGAUGGCUCUGGAUUGGCUCAGUCCAUUGCCCAGGGCAGAGAUGUGGAGAGGAACUGUUUGCAGCACGUGACCCUAGGAAAAAAAUCCCAAGGUUCCUUUAGCUUUGUUCCUUGCUUUAGUCAUUGGAUUUGGGACCCAGGAUCCAUUUUCUUAUCUUGUUAUUUGUCACUGUCUUGGUUUUGAUAAUUGUACAAAACUGAAUUUAUUUAUUAUCAGGAAAUGAAUGCAUUUUUCAAAAGCCCUUUAUGCAGUAUAGUUUGAUGAUUAGUUCAAGUUUGUCAUUAAUCAAUAAAAUAUAUUGUUGGUAAAAACAGAGAAAAUGAAAACUACCAGUUCCUUUUCAUUAUUUAAUGUCCUGCAGUGUAUUUAUUGGAACCUAAUUGAAUAUUUCUGCAAAUAAUCUGAAGCCCAGCAUAUUGAUAAUCCCACUGUGAUAUAACAGCCCUUUAUUGUUUGUAUGUUUAUAUGUGUGGGUACAGGAUUAACAUCAAAG